CGCCCCUAGAGCUGGCUAAAGUGGUUGGAGCCGGCGCGUGGCUAUGACGUUGCCGGAAGUCAGGAUCAUAGAGACGCUUGGCCUCCGCGGCACGCGCUGGCGGACUGAGAGUGGCUGGCGAAGCGUGCGGCCGGCGCGGGCCCCUGGCGGGCGGGCGGUGCAGCCCCAAGCCUGAGACCGGGACCUGAGCACCGCAGGUUCGAGUCCCGCCCCAUCUGGGUCGAAGCCGGGGCUGGCGGCGACCUCGCGGCGUUGCACCGGCUCUCUGAGCACGUCCCCUCUGAGCACUUCCCUUGUGACAGGCCCAGGACGAGGUGACCAGGCGGCCCCCGUGGCACCCCUGGUCUAGGCGGAGAACCGCCUGAGCGAUGAGUGAGAACCUCGACAACGAGGGCCCGAAGCCCAUGGAGAGCUGUGGCCAGGAGAGCAGCAGUGCCCCGAGCUGCCCUACAGUCUCGGUGCUCCCUGCAGCUCCGGCAGCCCUGGAGGAGGUGGAGAAAGAGGGCGGUGGGGCAGCUACAGGGCCGGGGCCUCAGCCUGGGCUCUACAGCUACAUCAGGGAUGACUUGUUUACCUCUGAGAUCUUCAAACUGGAGCUGCAGAACGUGCCUCGCCACGCCAGCUUCAGCGACGUCCGGCGCUUCCUGGGCCGCUUUGGCCUGCAGCCCCACAAAACCAAACUCUUUGGGCAACCACCCUGCGCCUUUGUGACAUUCCGCAGCGCUGCAGAGAGAGACAAGGCCCUGCGCGUUUUGCAUGGUGCCCUCUGGAAAGGCCGCCCACUCAGUGUGCGCCUGGCCCGACCGAAGGCCGACCCCAUGGCCAGGAGGAGGCGACAGGAGGGUGAGAGUGAACCACCGGCAACACGAGUGGCCGACGUGGUGACCCCUCUAUGGACAGUGCCCUAUGCUGAGCAGCUUGAGCGGAAGCAGCUGGAGUGUGAGCAGGUGCUGCAGAAACUCGCCAAGGAAAUCGGGAGCACCAACCGUGCCUUGCUGCCCUGGCUGCUCAAGCAGAGGCACAAACACAACAAGGCCUGCUGCCCACUGGAGGGGGUCAGGCCAUCACCCCAGCAGGUCAGGCUAGACUUUGGUGGCCACAAACCCCUAUCCCGGGAUUUGAAAACUUGUUUGCUCACCCUUCCUGUUGAUCUCCUUGCUUUUUGUUUUCUUCUGGUAACUUAUCACAUAACUGUCAGCUAUUCCUCUUGUUUGACUGCCAGCCCCUGUGGGGAAAUCAGGGUUUCCAGGCACAAGCGCUGGGCAACCAGGGUAAGGUGCAGCUGUCUCUCCCUGCAGACUGAGUAUCGUAAUAAGUGUGAGUUUCUGGUUGGCGUCGGGGUGGAUGGGGAGGAUAACACCGUGGGCUGUCGGCUCGGCAAGUACAAGGGCGGGACGUGUGCUGUGGCGGCCCCGUUUGACACCGUGCACAUCCCUGAAGCCACCAAGCAGGUGGUGAAGGCCUUCCAGGAGUUCAUCCGGUCAACUCCAUACUCGGCAUACGACCCAGAGACGUACACAGGCCACUGGAAGCAGCUGACUGUGCGUACCAGCCGCCGCCGCCAGGCCAUGGCCAUUGCCUACUUCCACCCCCAGAAACUGAGCUCUGAGGAGCUGGCAGAGCUGAAAGCCUCCCUAGCACAGCACUUCACAGCAGGGCCAGGCAGGGCCAGUGGAGUGACCUGCCUCUACUUCGUGGAGGAGGGACAGCGAAAGACUCCCAGCCAGGAGGGCCUGCCCCUGGAGCACGUGGCUGGGGACCAGUGCAUCCACGAGGACCUGCUAGGGCUGACCUUCCGGAUCUCUCCGCACGCCUUCUUCCAGGUGAACACACCCGCAGCCGAGGUGCUCUACACGGUCAUCCAGGACUGGGCCCAGCUGGAUGCAGGGAGCACGGUGCUGGACGUGUGUUGUGGCACCGGCACCAUUGGCCUGGCCCUGGCCCGGAAGGUGAAGAGAGUCAUUGGGGUCGAGCUAUGCCCAGAGGCCGUGGAGGACGCCCGGGUGAAUGCCCAGGACAAUGAGUUGAGUAACGUGGAGUUCCACUGCGGGAGGGCUGAGGACCUGGUGCCCGCCCUGGUGAGCAGACUGGCCUCCCAGCACCUCGUAGCCAUACUGGACCCACCCCGUGCCGGCUUGCAUUCCAAGGUGAUCCUGGCCAUCCGCAGAGCCGAGAACAUCAGGCGACUGCUGUACGUCUCGUGCAACCCCCGGGCAGCCAUGGGCAACUUUGUGGACCUCUGCAGAGCCCCAUCUAACCGGGUGAAGGGCAGCCCCUUCCGGCCCGUCAAGGCCGUGGCAGUGGACCUGUUCCCACAGACCCCGCACUGUGAGAUGCUCAUCUUGUUCGAGAGGGUGGAGCACCCCAAUGGCACAGGGGUCUUGGAGCCCCAUAGCCCUCCAGCUCAACCCACACCAGGACCCCCAAAUGAUACCCCACAAGAAACUGGGGCCUUCCCCUUAUCCUAGGCCCAGGACCCAUCAUGGGGACAGGAGCUGAAGGGCUCCCAGGGCCCUAGGGGCGGCAAAGGCAUAGCUUGCUGGCCAGGAUGUUCAGAGGUAGGCAGCCAAAGGGCACAGAACUCUGCGCCCCACCAGGAUUGGCCUGCUGUUGGGGGCCAGGGUGCCUGACCAGGAAGGCAGAUGGGCUCCUGCAGCCUGUUCCCCACCCGCAGGGUCUUUGUGGACUAGCCAAGGCUGAGGGCCAGAAUAAACUGCUCAA